AUGUGUGCUGCUCAGGGUGCCAAUACUGAUUUGGAAGAUCUGUUGGCUGAAUUAGAUAUGCCAAUCUCAAAACCAUCAAAGACGGCAAAUAAGCCCAUUCAAACCAAAGAUGGGUCUUCAAAGCUGCUUAAAACUUGCAAAGAGCCUACCAUUAUACCAACAUCUACUCCAAACCAAACAGUGUCACGUCCAUCUUGGCCUGGACUACGCGUUGGAGAAGUACUUUGA